AUGCCAGCAGCCGAUAUUCCUCUACAGGAAGGCUACAUCGGCAAUCUAACAGAAGAUCAACAUUCUUCUUUAGUAAGAAUGUGGGAAUCAUACUUUGACAUUUGUGAUCGUGCAAGGGGAAAUGCAUCAAAAGGUCAAGGUUUCACAGAAGAUAAAACUGGAGGAGAUUUAAAAAAGAGCGGUAUCCCGGACGAUGAUAAAGCAAAAGAUGAAGCAAAACGACAACAAGAACAACAAGGCAUGAACGCUUUAAUGGAAGAAUAUGGUCCUGAAGCUUUGCGUGAUUCUUGGUGGAACUUUGUUAGAGGUGAUAAUCCAGACGGAAAUAUGUUACGUUUCAUUCGUGCACGUAAAGGAGACGUUGAACGUGGUUUGGCAAUGAUGGCAACAUGUUUGAAAUGGAGAUUGGACACAGAUGUUGAAAGUUUCAUCCUCAAAGGUGAUCUUGUCAACUCAGAGGAAAUUCCAAAGUUUCUUGAACAACAAAAGUCAGGAAAGGUAUUCUCUCUGGGUUGCACAGCAAAGGAGCAACCAAUCUGUUACGUCAUCAUGGCCAAACAUAGUGUCUUUGGUCAACCUGCUGCUUCCAUGCAAAAGUUCAUCGUCACUCAAAUGGAAACAUUCCGUUUGCUCAUGCAUCCUCCAAAUGACAAAGCAACAAUCUUUUUCGACUUGAAAGGCUUUGGUGUUAAGCAAAUGGACUUUGUCAGUUUAUUGUAUCUCGUCAAAGUAUUGGAAUCUUACUAUCCAGAAUCCUUGGGUACAAUGUACGUUUCCAACGCUCCUUGGAUCUUCUGGGGCUUCUGGCGUGCAGUAAAGAACCUUUUGGACCCUGUUGUGCGUAAUAAGAUCAAAUUUAUCGCCAAACCCGAAGAUACAGAAGGUGAUGUUCCAGAAGAUAUGAUGAUCGAAUAUUGCGGAGGAAAAGUUUCAACCGAUUUCGAGUUUGUCGAUCCACGCAAUGGGGAAAACGACCCUCAACAAGACAAAGAGACAAAAGAGAAACUUUUGAAACGUCAUCGUUCGUUGACAGAUAAAUACGAAGAAGUUACUCGUGCAUGGUGCAAAGCAGGCGGCAAGGAUGAUAAACUUCAAGAACAACGUGACAUUUUGGUCAAAAAAUUACGUUUGAGUCAAUUUGAACUUGAACCAUACACUCGUGGCUUGACAGCAUAUCAUCGUAAUGGUGUCUUGCCACCUGAAAAUGCCGGUAUCUCAGUCUUUGAUUACCAGCAAAAAGAUGCACCAACCCGUCGUCAAGUUUUGGGUCGUAAAUCUUGUCGUAAAUCGAUCGAGCAACAAUUGUAUGCUAUC